AUGUCUUCCUUAUUCUCACUAAAAGGACAAGUUGCCGUUCUUACAGGUGGUACUAGUGGUAUAGGACUCGGUUACGCCAAGGGUCUUGCUCUGGCUGAAUUAAGACAAUUGAUCUUGACGUACCGCUCAGAGGAAAGUCUUAAUAAAGCAAUCGACGAGAUUAAACAGGUCAAUUCCAGUUUGCUAAUUGACGCCGUUAAAGUUGAUUUUUUAGAAGAUGACGAAGAUGAGCUUGUUGAAAGAAUUUUUACCCAAUCUUAUAAACUUUCGCAAUCAGGCUCAAUUGAUAUAUUAAUCAAUAAUGCCGGAAUAACAGAACGGUUCCCCUUUGAACAGUUCCCAAGUGACAAGUUCAAUGAUGUGUUAAAAAUAGACCUUAACAUCCCCGUAAAACUAACAAAACUAUUUGGAGGGAAAAUGCUUGAACAAAAGACCCAGGCAAAAAUUGUAUUUACAGCGUCGCUACUUUCUUUUCAAGGUGGUAUGUUAUCUACACCUUAUGCCAUUGCCAAAGGUGCCUUGAAACAAUUUACUCAAGCCGUUUCAAAUGAAUGGUCAUCGCGCGGCAUCAGAGUCAAUUCUAUCGCACCAGGCUAUGUUGAAACCAAACUCACAGAUUCAAUGGCUGCUGAAAAUAAGGACCUCGUUGAUAAGAGAAUUCCUAUGAAAAGAUGGGGCCAUCCCGAUGAUUUCAUGGGUCCAAUUGUGUUUCUCACUAGUGAUGCAUCGAAAUAUGUUACAGGAGAGACUUUAGUAGUUGAUGGCGGCUGGUUAAGUCGUUAA